CGCCCCACUUCGCCUUGUCUGGUUCCCAUCGCGAAAUCCCUGGCCAUGCCUUCCCGAGAUUCCGCCACGUAGUACUUUGCCGGCACUCCUUCCCAAUCCUCUAGCAAAUUCUAUCGAUCUCUCCCGAGAGCCCCGCGUCGCGUUCCGCUCCGCCAUGCUCCGUUUGGCCCCGCCGCUGCUUGUCGCAGCCACCUGUCCGGCCGUCGACACCGAUGGGUUCCCCCUCCGGAGGCGAAUUCUAGCUUUGCCCCCUUUAGCAUCUAGGCGGAGCUCAAGCCGGGCCUUGAGGUCAGCGUCCGGGAUCCUUCGGAUGCCCCCAGUCGCCGUCCUGAGCCCCGAGAGGGCGAUCCGGAGAGGUGCGAGCGAGAAGGGAGAGGCGGGAGAGGAGUACGACGCGAUUGUGAUCGGGUCCGGGAUCGGCGGGCUCGUGGCGGCGACGCAGCUGGCGGCCAAGGGAGCUAGGGUUCUGGUUCUGGAGAAGUAUGUCAUCCCUGGGGGAAGCUCUGGGUACUACGAGAGGGAUGAGUUUACUUUCGACGUCGGUUCGUCCGUGAUGUUUGGUUUUAGCGAUAAGGGCAACCUGAACCUAAUCACACGAGCAUUAGCAGCAGUUGGUCAUAAGAUGCAGGUCAUACCUGAUCCUACCACCGUUCACUUCCACCUUCCUGGUGAACUGUCUGUUCGUGUGCAUCGUGAGUAUAAUGACUUCAUUGAGGAACUAAUCAGUAAAUUCCCGCAUGAAAAAGCGGGAAUAAAUCAGUUUUACGAUGAGUGCUGGAAGAUAUUCAAUGCACUGAAUUCAUUGGAACUGAAGUCACUGGAAGAGCCUAUAUAUCUCUUUGGACAGUUCUUCAAGAAGCCAGUCGAAUGCUUGACUCUUGCUUAUUACUUGCCACAAAAUGCGGGGGAUAUUGCUCGGAAAUAUAUAAAGGAUUCUCAGUUAUUAUCAUUCAUUGACGCUGAGUGUUUCAUUGUGAGUACAGUAAAUGCAUUGCAGACACCAAUGAUCAAUGCCAGCAUGGUCUUGUGCGACAGACACUUUGGAGGGAUUAAUUAUCCAGUUGGCGGUGUUGGUGGUAUUGCUAGGGCUUUGGCAGAUGGGCUAGUUACUAAGGGAAGCAACAUACUUUACAAGGCAAAUGUGACCAAUAUAAUACUGAAAGAUGGAAAGGCUGUGGGAGUGAGGCUCUCAGAUGGAAGGGAAUUUUUCGCUACUACAGUUAUCUCAAAUGCAACAAGAUGGGAUACCUUCGGUAAACUUGUGAAAACGGAUGAAAUACCGGAAGAGGAGAAAAACUUUCAAAGAGUUUAUGUCAAGGCACCGUCUUUUCUUUCCAUUCACAUGGGAGUCAAAGCUACAGUUUUGCCUCCUGAAACAGAUUGCCAUCAUUUCAUUCUUGAGGAUGAUUGGGCAAAUUUAGAGAGGUCUUAUGGAAGCAUAUUUUUGAGCAUUCCUACUGUUCUUGAUUCAUCUUUGGCCCCAGAGGGACAUCACAUUCUCCACAUUUUUACCACAUCUUCCAUGGAUGACUGGAAGGGCCUCAAUUCAAAGGACUAUGAAAAGAAAAAAGAACUUGUGGCUGAUGAAAUUAUAUCAAGGCUUGAAAAUAAACUCUUCCCUGGUCUCAAAAGCUCUAUAGUGCUUAAAGAGGUGGGUACUCCAAAGACCCACAGAAGAUUUCUUGCUCGAGACAGUGGUACAUAUGGGCCAAUGCCACGCCAGAUUCCAAAAGGAUUACUUGGGAUGCCCUUCAACACUACUGCAAUCGACGGUCUAUACUGUGUUGGCGAUAGCUGUUUUCCUGGACAAGGAGUUAUCGCUGUUGCCUUUUCUGGAAUCAUGUGUGCUCACAGAGUUGCUGCUGAUAUAGGUCUUGAGAAAAGAUCUCCAGUGCUGGAUGCUGCUCUUCUUCGCUUACUUGGCUGGUUGAGGACACUGGCUUGAUAGCAGUUUCCAGGAUUUUAAGAACCGUAUGAGUUCUCCAUAGACAUCAUCUCCGUCUUCACGCUUAGGAUGAAGUCGAUGUGGCCAUCAGUAACAUGCUUAGGAUGUAGUCGAUGUGGCCAUAGUUGUCUUUGUUGAAGAUGGAUGAGGUUCCAACUCCAAGUAAUAGUCCAUGCGGGACAAGUUGAAGCAGCAAAUAUCGCCUGCAAAAUAGGAGCAAAUUUAACCAUUAGCGCGAAACAGGGAGUCUUCAUAGCUUGAACAGAUCGAACCAAAUGGAGAGCGUGAAGAUCCUAUUCUACAGGCAGUAGCAGAGCCAAACUCAUGGGGGUUGUUUGACCCUUUGUAAAGUUAGGUAUAAGUAUAUUCGAUAUAACAAAUUGUAAGGAUAUUAACUGUAAACUGUAUGUAAAGAUAUUAACUGUAAACUGUAUGCUGCUUCUUGUUGCUUCCUACUUAUGCAUUUUCGAACAAUUUCUCUCGAUAA